AUGGCGCAUACUCUUGCCAGCAGUUUGCAAAAGGAAGGCCUUGCAGACGUCGAAGCAUCUGAAUCAGGAUCCUCCAAAAUUCCUAGGGAGUUCAUUGGGGCAGAACAGUCCUUGAAACAGAAGCUGCGGAUACUGGAAGCAAAGCACAUGCAACUUGUUCGGCUUGCUGCGUCUUAUCGCAACCGCAACGAACAGCUUCUGCGGGCCGCAGAACAGGCAACUCAAAGAAUUAAGGAGGUGAACAGAACAUCUCGAAGGGAAAAUAAGUCUUUUAAGUCUUUACUACUGAGGACACACGACGGAGUCAUGUUAGCUAUGUGGAUGACGCAGCUCGAGGCGCUGGAUGCAACUAGAUUACAGGAUGCCAACGCCGCUCACGAAGAGAUUGCUGCGAGCGAGAAAGAAAAGCAGGGGCUGCAGAACCAACUGGAAGAGGCACAACAACUUCUGCGCCAGCAGCAAGCUGAAAUUCGGACACUAAAAGCAAAAGCGCCCCAAAACACUGCGCAAAGCAGCUCAAUCUGCAGAGGAGCGAAGAUCCAAAGCUAUACGGACACAACGCAUCAAGGGGACAAACCGGGGACAAGGGAUGACGCUAACGAACUUGCAGACUGUUCGCGGCUGCGGAUGGCUAUUCGGUCGAAGGAUCGACAGCUACGCACUCUGCAAGGUGAACUGACGGAACUAAAGCAGCAACAUAUCCAGGUUCAACAACAAAGCGAGAAGCAGCAGCAAGAGCUACUGAAGCUUGCGCAACGUCUCGAGGUUCUGCGCAAAUCAAAGGGUCACUUUGAAGCAAAAGCAACCCGCACAGCACUUGCACUUGAAGCAGCUUAUAUGCAGCUGCGAACAGAGAGAGAGGAGAAGGCGUCUUUGCUGCGGCUUGCCUGUCCUCCUCAUCUUGAUAACGGUGCGAAGGUAGCUACCAAAGCUCACUGGCAGCCGCUCAGAGAAGGUGCACCUCCAGAGGACUCCCUGAAGCCCGUGUCGGAGAUAAUUGUACAACAAGACGAUAUGGAGCAGAAGGCCGUCAACCUCAUACCCUCACGACUGCACAGAAUCCCGCGGAGUGGCCGUCGGCGCAUUGCAGAGAGGCGACCUCAAGGUGGCUCUGCAGAUCAAGGCACAAAUUUGCUGCCAAGCGCCAACAACACCUGGUCAGGACAAAAUGCAGAUAGCAGACCAACACACAAAAGCCUCUACAGUAGCAGCAAGGAGUCAUUUGACGUUGGAUCCGCAACAAAUGCUCGCACCCUACACGCACACUAUAGAAAGGAGCGCCUGUGCAGAGCCCUGACUCCGAUAGAGCGGGGAAAUACCCCCAAGUGCCACGUCAGUGCACAGCCGCAAACACGGAGCUCUUGCUACGCCAACAAUAAAUGCACAAUUCGAGGAAAGUCUCAAGAGCAAGAACAGGGACAGUUGCUAGACCAUACACUGCGAUUCCCUUCCCACAACCCGUGCAACAGCCGCCAUCAUGAGACGCAGGGAGGCAUAUCCACCGCACACACAGACGCUAGAGAACUUGAGCACAUGUCGUGUGAACAAGCAUUCGAGUACUCGGUCUCUGAAGCAUCCGCCAACGAAGGGUUCCUCGGAAAGCUGAACUGCCGAGGCGACGAAGACAAAAGACCCGCUGCCGUAGCACAGACCCAAAAUUCCGCUGGAAGUUGGGAAGCGGCGGCAAACGGGCCCACGAGUAAUUGCUCCAGCGGCAGCACCUAUGUGGGCAGCGAAACAGCAGAAAAUAUAGUUCGCUCAUCCUACUCUAAUUCGUCGCUUCUCCGGGGUCCCCAUGCUCACCCUCAUGAAUGUGGACACUUCGUUAUACAUCAUGGAGGCCCUUUCCACAAGGCGCAAGGGGCAAUGCACACAAACUCAACAUCGUCCGCACAACACACUGGGGGGAAUGGCUCGUGCGGCCUCUUUGGCCAGCACAGGGCCAAGGGGAGUCUUUCUGGAGAACUCACGCAAACUCAUGGGAAGCCGCUCAGCAUGUCAUGGCAUGCGGCGCAACACGGGGGCGCAGCAGCACCUUCAGCACGAGAUUCCUGUUGUUCCAUAUACAACAGGUUACACGCAUCCCAUAACCUUCCAAAUCAGUACAACACAAAUACAGCUGGUCGCCCAGUGCGUAAGUGCCUAGGACCCUGUGCGCGCGAACUGAGUCCGUCGUGGGGGGAAUAUGAAGGAUGCGGCACCAGCCAUGGCAACGAAGAUGGGAUCUCUGUACAAAUAGAGUGUAGUCAAGGAGGGCCAGAAGGUCCAGAGGAAACAGAAGGGUCAGAAGCUCCUAUAAGAAAACUGCUGCCUGGAGAAUGUGCUGUCUGGAGCCAGCUGUCCGACUCUCAUUCCCCUUGCAAAACUUGCGGGCACGCCCAAGAACACAGUGAACACCCAACGGUCAGCACAGCCACUGCCAGCGGUAGCAGCCAGCUGCCAAUCACAUCAUCGCCCUUGAGAGGCCCCCAGCCUUCGUGCAGCUGUUCCCCCGUCUCCGACACCUGCGGAGGUUCCGCUAUAGGGAGGCCCGGACCCCCCGUCAGCGACGGGUCCAUACAGCUGAGCGUCAGCGAGGAGUCGCCGUGCGUGACGCCCCAGCCGCACCCCACCAGCUGUUCUGUAAACAAAUCCCAUCCCGAACCUGCAACCCGUGAAUGCGGCGGCAUCGGGCUUCGUCCGCGGAAAGCGCGGCCCCCGGGGGACCCGGUGGGCGGCUCCUCCCGCUGCGCUGGAACCCGUGGGAUGGACUUAGGGGCCUUCGGCUUCUUGCCCUCACUGCCGGUGUUGAAUAUUGCAGCACGCAUAAUCCAGAGACACUGGAAAAAAGCUCGCUGCUUCCGCAGGCAGCCCAGUAGGGUUCUGGCGUUUCAGAAGGCCUCCCCUACGAAAGUUGAGACCAUACAGAACCAACAUUCUGUUCGGUCGCUUCGCCCAACAUGGGAAUUAUACCCUGAGCUCAUACAGAGGCCAGCAGCGGCACCCAGGAGAAAGGAGCAUCAAGGGCAACCCCAAGCCCCGGGUCCUGUUGUCCCAGAACCCGACGCCUCGAUGAAUAGUUCAAUUCAAAACCCAAGAACGGGAGUGACCGCGAUUGAGGCCUGCCCUGCUGCAUCUUCGGUAGUGACGGAGACCCUCAGAGGGGAAGAGCAGCCAAGGUUUGGCUCCGAAGGCACUGAAGAGCUUGGCUGUCCCUUGAAAGAGACACUGGAUAACUCUGAAAGGGAGGGGCCUCCUGCUGCACACCUUACGAGUAGUAGGUGCCCGCAGGCCUCUGAGGCCAUAGAGCAACCAGGACUGGCGCACGCAGGAGGUAGACUGGGCUUGCUUCCACACGAAGGGGUAAGCACGAGCAAAACUCCCGGGGACCCUGAAGACGGCAGCGCCUCCAGCGAUGCUGAGUUCGCUGCGUUACUGGAGGAAGCAGAAGCAUACGACCGGUCCGACAGUCGCAAGAAGGAGGCGUCUUCAGGGCCUGAGGGAUGUGCCUCCUUUCCCGGAAGUCCGAAUCCAAGCUUCUUGAAGGACAGUGCGUUGUCCCAAGGGGCACAUAUUGGUGGGGGGAUAGGCCCCCGUGCAGCGCCCGCAAGCAGCAAUAACGGGGCUGUCUCCUGUCAGCUUCAUGCGGGGUUUCUGGAAGGCCAUGAGGUUCUCUCCGUGAGGGACAUUGCGGCUUUUGCUGGGGAGGGCGAAAUCCCUACUCCUGAAACAACGCGACCUGUCUUUAUCGACCAAACGCACAAGAUCCACCAAUCACAUUCUUCUUGCUGCACCCCAGUUGGUCCGGCUUCGGUAGAGCACUGCUCGCUGCCAUUGCACGCAGUCUACAACCCGCACAUGAUGUUGGCUAAUCAUCUCGCUGCCACGUUCAUUAGCCGUCCGAACGCGGAGGCCUCCUGCUUGGCUGCAGUGUCACAACAACACGGGAACCCGAAUUCUAGGCCAGCACACGAGACCGCUGCUGCCUCCUGUACAAGCAAGGAGGCGCCCCUACAACCACGUGGAAGGCCACCUAUCCCUCCCAAAGAUCUCAUUGCUGCGGGAGAACAGGUGACGCUUCAGCAGCGGCUCGCGGAAAACGCGCAGGACUUCAGGAAGCAGCUGAUGCUGCAAAUGCAGCGGAACGAAAGCCAGCAUACUCAACAAAGUUGA